AUGGCGACUUCACCAUGGGGAGCCACUGGCCGCCACCUCUUAGAGCAUCCCAAAGCUCAAAAUGCUGGAGCUAUAGCUGCAACGACCCCCUUGAGACGCGAAGUCGUGGCCACCGUUCGCGUCACUGGUACUGAAACGGUGGCCGUGCUAUGUCAACUCAUUGCGCGCGCCACAGGGGAAGCUUCUUCCUUGCGGCUCUUGCUGGAAGGCCGCCUGUUGGAGAAGCAUCAAAACUUGGCCAGCGCCGGUGUGAAAGACGACUGUAGCGUGGAGAUCGUGAAAGACCAGAGAUUAGUGUUGACCGCCUCCCAUGAUGGCACGGCGAAGAUCUGGCGUGCGGAUGAUGGGAAAUGUGUUCGAACUCUAUCUGGACAUAGCAAUGCAGUGAAUGCCGCGCGCUUCUCCAGCUCCGGUCUUUAUGUCGCCACUGCCUCCCUGGACCAAACGGCAAAGCUCUGGAUGGUUUCCACGGGAAAUUGCGAGGCCACCCUACAUGGGCACACAGGUUCUUUGGUGUCCGUGGAUUUCUCGCCCGAUGAUGCGUUACUGGUCACUGCCUCCAGCAGUGACAACAGCGGUCGGAUUUGGAAUCUUCAAAGCAUGGCGUGCCAGACAAUCCUGGCUGGCUACGAACUGAACAGUGCCAGAUUCACAGCCGACGGCUGGAAGGUGUUAACAGCCUGCAGUUGGUAUGACUGCGCCCUACUUUGGUGCGCGAAGACUGGCAACAUUUUGCAACGAUUUGCGCCUCACGAUGCUGCUGUGUUGCACAGCUGCGUUUCACAUGACGCAUCCACCGUGGCCACCGCCACGUGGGAUGGCGCCUUGAUCCUCUGGUGGGCCGAAACAGGCCAACUGCGCCGGAGACUCACCGGCUUUGGAGAGAAGUCCAAGGUCUAUGCAGCCUUCUCCCCGGAUGACCAACACGUGGUUUCCGCUGGCAUCAAUCACGUGGCACAAAUUUGGAGCAUUGAAGCAGUUGGGGCUUCACCUAUGACCCUGAGUGGUCAUGGCAAUACCGUGACCUCCGCGGAAUUCUCGGGCGACGGCAUUUGGGUCGUGACGGGAUCCUAUGACGGGACGGCCAAGAUCUGGGACUCGGUCACUGGUGAGACGCUGCGGACCCUGAAAGGGCACAGCGAUUCGGUGUUCUGGACCGCCUUGGUCUUCUUCAAGCGUUUCUAUGCGGUGUCUUCGCCUAUGGAGUUUGACCCCAUGGUGAUGAUGUACACCAGCGUGCACGUGGCGUGUAAAGUGGAGGAAGUCCGAGAGAUUACACUGGACAAGAUCCUUGAGGUCAGUGGCUUUGGGGAGGAUUCUGCCAUGAAGACCAAGGUCACGGAGUCGGAGCUGGAACUGCUGCAGAACAUCGGUUUCAUCCUGUUGGUGGAGCCCAAACCCGCCGCGGCGCUGCGGCUUCUGGCGGAGGAGCAGCGCAACUUUAAAGUGCCGGUCGCUGGCUUUCCGGGGAGCUCCGAACACUUCGAGGAGUUGCUGAGCAAGGCCGAGACCCUUGUCUACGACUUCUGCGCCUCCAACAAUUCCCUGCUACUCCUGCCCGCAUCCAUCAUCUUCGCAGCUGCUUGGGGUGCUGCUCUCGAUGAAGGUUCGGGACAUGCAGCAGGCACCCACAGCACGGCUCCGUCCUCUGCGGUCUUGUCCAUGUUGUCGCAGAACUUCAAGGGUGCGGACAAAGAUGCCGUGGCCCGGAUGAUGAAGGAAGCACUUCACGCCAUGAAGCAAGUCAACUGCAAGGCUGACUUGGACAAGUUGACGAUGCAGGAGAUAGCAAAAGGUGCACGCAAGUGUCAACGAGCCUUUGGAAUGAUCCACGAAGAGAGACGGCAGCGGAGCGAGGCGCAUCGCAAAGAGCGGAAGCGACGGAGAAAUGACAUGAAGGUCCCACGGUCGGAUCUCGAGGAGCUGAAACGCCGGGCGCAGGUCUUGCAAGGACAGGAGGAUGUCGAGGACUUUGUCCUCCAUGGUCCUCUCGAUAUGGAGUCCCUGCAGAUUCUGAAGUCCGCCAAGUCGUCAAGUUUCUUCGGGCUGCUGCGAUUGGAAGACAUGACAUGGGAAUUUCCGGUUGUAAAUCGAACUUUGGAGACCUCCGAUUGCCGCCUGGGCACCGAAAAGUUCGUCGACUCCCUUUCGAAGGAUUUGGAAAAAUCCUUGGGCUACGAUGGGAUGUUCUACAAGGGCUGCUUGGACUUCCUACAUUUCAAUGCAAAGCCUGAGAUCCCAAUGAUGGCCCAGAUUGAGGCCUUUGGAGAGCGGUGCAAGAAGGCACUCUUUGUGAAAGACGAAUCGGCCAUGCAUCAGGUUGACCCAAACCAACUGGAGGCGGAGUGCGACCGCGCGGUAUAUAACAUGGACAUCCAAUUUCGACUCCUGGGGUCAGAUGCCUUGAAAACUGCUGAAGAGUUUUGUGCGGUCUUUGUGGACAUGGUCCUCCCUGUGGACGAAGAACCCGAGUGCAUGCGCUUCAUCGAAGACAUUUCGAUGGCACAUUCCGAGUUCCUAGGCACUACGCAUUCCUGGCCGGCCGUCAUCCACAAGCCCCACUUUGAGGAGGCCUUCAUGCAGGCAUGCCUGGAAAACAAGAAGCUCGAGAGCGAAGAGGAUGGGACGCAUAUCGAUUACGGCGACGGGGCAAGAGACUGCCAGAUGAAGAUGAAUCGUCUUCAGGCUAUGCCUUUAGACAAGCACUACAAACUCCUCUCCAAGUUCUUUGCUGAUGUCUGUCCUAUGCUCGGCAUGGCGCCCCGAUUUAAAGCUGCCUUGUUCCAACGCGCUGCCAAGAUCGCCGCGGAGAACAACAUGACCAACCUGACAACAGGAAAGAAACGGAAGCCAGCUUUCAGCGCUCUGCAAGUGCAUCUUCUUGACGAAGCAGUGGCUGGCAAGGGCGGUGGUGACUCGCGGCGACGUCGCAGAAGGCGAAGGCGAUUGAAUCACAAGCAAUCCACAUGCUGCGACCAGGCUGCGAGGACGUAUGAGGUUGGCCUUACAGCGUCUGCCGGUGUAGCAGUUGGAUACACGCAAAUUGGAGCGGAGGGCUAUCAAAGGUGGAGAGGCAAUGACUGUGAGUACAAGUGGGGCGUAAUGGGUGAAGCCUGCGUCGGCGUUUCGAUGGGCGUUGGGGUGGAUGUGACGGUGAGCGUUGGAUUCUUCAACAGCUAUGAUGACAUCAAAGGAAGAGCCUAUUUCCUGGGUGGGGGUGUCUGCUUCUUCGGCUGCGCAGGUGGCACGACGAUUGGGACACAACUUGUUGGUGGAAAAGAGAUUGGCAAGACCAUUGAUACUGGAGGUGGUAUGGGAAUUGACGCGGGGGGCGGUUAUUGCGAAGCUUGGCAAAUGUCAGAGCAUCGUGAGUGGAUCAGGAAAAAGAAAUGCCCCAGUGGCGGCGGCUGCUUCCCGGGCCACGCAGUGGUGCGCACACCUGGCGGCCUGAAACCCAUCAGCCAACUCCAAGUCGGCGACCAAGUCUUGUCAGUUGACGCUGCAGGCAAGCUGAUCUAUGAUGACAUCUACUUCUUCGGGCAUGCAGAGAGAUCUGCAUGGGCGCCCUUUGUGAACUUGAAGCUUCAAGCACCUGAGGGUCUGUUGCAGUGGAACUUGGAGUUGACGCCUGAUCAUUUCAUCCAGAUGUGCCAAGCCAAUUGCAGCUGGGAAGAAAGCCGGACCGUCCCCGCAGAGCAAGUACUUCCAGGGCAUCAUGUCUGGGUGGUCACUGACAGCGGUCGGCUGGAAAUUGCUUUGGUGAUCUCGACCCAAUUGGUGCCUGGGAGUGGCUUGUACAACCCCUAUACUCUGACUGGAAACAUUGUGGUCAAUGGGGUUGUGGCCAGUAGCCAUAGCAGUUGGCUCUUGGAUGCCUGGAUGCCUCUGGAAUUUCAACAUCAUCUCCCUGCGAUCUAUCAGCAGACCUUCAUCCUGGGCAGGUGCUUGUACCACCUCUUCGGCCCAGCGGCUGCUGAUGCCAUCGGAGUCAACAACAACGGCGAGCUUCCCAAGGAGGCCACGAGCUCGGCCCAUCUGCUGGCGGCUGUGACCAUCCUGGCUGCGGCCAGCCAGGUGCUGCUGAGCAUUGCAGCGGUCACCGCCUUGAGCAAGUGGUCAUGGCAAAGGGUGCCGAAAAUGCUCUGA